AUGGGCAUUUCAAGCUCACUUUUCAACAUUUCCAUCUAUGUUGUGGUUGCAUGUUGCUUGAGCAUGAUGAUGCAUGCAAAUUUUCCUACUGUUGAAGCCACCUUCAGGGUGAGAGGGAAUGAGACGGAUCGUCUUGCAUUGUUGGCCUUCAAGGCCAAAAUAAUCGACGAUCCUUAUCGGGUUAUGAGUUCAUGGAAUGGUUCCAUUCACUUCUGCCAGUGGUAUGGUGUUACCUGUGGUCGCCGACACAAAAGGGUCACCAUAUUAGACAUGCGGUCCAAGAAAUUGUUUGGGUCCAUAUCGCCACAUAUCGGGAAUCUAAGCUUUCUGAGAGUACUAAAUCUCUCGAACAAUAGUUUUCAAAAAGAAAUCCCUCCAGAACUUGGCCUUCUAUGGAGACUGCAGCUUUUAAGCCUACGCAGUAACUUAAUUAGUGGCAACAUUCCUUCCAAUUUAUCUGCUUGCUCUAACCUCCUUGAUUUCACGUUUUAUAAAAACAAACUGGUAGGGAAAAUUCCUACGGAGCUUGGCUCCUUGCCAAAGCUAAAGUCGAUGAAUAUUGGGUUUAACAAUCUAAUCGGAAAGAUUCCUCAUUCUUUUAUGAACUUAUCAUCUCUUUAUAGACUUUCUACAACCGGGAACAAUUUGAGUUAUCUGGUAUCAUCCCUCCCUCAAUCUUCAAUCUCUCUUCUCUCAUAUUUGAGUGGGAACAAUUUGUCUGGAAACAUUCCGUCCUCUCUAGGAAAUUUGAGUGCUGUAAUCGAAUUGAGCUUGGAAAACAAUCAACUUCAUGGUAACAUCCCUUCAAGCCUUGAGAAAUGCCAAAAUUUGUUAUUCCUGGACCUUUCUAACAACAACUUUAGUGGUACCAUUCCCCCAGAAGUUUUCAGUCUAUCUACCUUAUCAAUCGGUCUCGAUCUCUCUCGAAACCAUUUCACUGGCUCCAUUCCUGUAGCAAUCGGAGACUUGAAAAAUCUAGGUCAAUUGCAUAUUAAUGAUAACAUGUUAUCAGGUGAAAUUCCCAGCACUCUUGGUAGUUGUGCAAGUUUAGAGAUUUUACUCGCAGCAGGUAACUUCUUUCAAGGGAGCAUCCCAUCAUCUCUCAGCUCUCUUAGGGCUAUUCAAGUUCUCGAUGUUUCUCGUAACAAUUUGUCUGGCAAAAUUCCAAAAUAA